CGCUUUAUGCUAUAUUCGUUUUUCCCCCAAUAAUAAAGAGACAAACACGGUCGUAACUGAAAAUCAGUGAGGGUAUGGCUUCGGAAGUGAAGAGGCAAAGAGACCACGAAGAAGAAGAAGAAGAAGAAGAGAACGCUGUCUCUGUCUCCGAUGGAAUUGGAAUAUCAUCCCUCAUUCAAGGCUGGUUCUCCGAAAUUAGUCCAAUGUGGCCUGGAGAAGCACACUCAUUGAAAGUGGAAAAAGUUUUGUUUCAAGGCAAGUCUGAAUACCAGAAUGUCAUGGUGUUCCAGUCAUCAUCAUAUGGAAAGGUUCUUGUUUUGGAUGGAGUCAUACAGCUCACUGAAAGGGACGAAUGUGCCUACCAAGAAAUGAUCACUCAUCUCCCUCUUUGCUCUAUUCCAAAUCCUAAAAAGGUCUUGGUUAUUGGUGGAGGAGAUGGAGGGGUCUUGAGAGAAGUAUCACGCCAUUCAUCAGUUGAAAAGAUAGACAUUUGCGAAAUUGACAAGAUGGUUGUUGAUGUCUCCAAGCAAUUCUUCCCUGAUGUAGCCAUAGGUUUUGAUGAUCCCCGUGUGUCACUUCAUAUUGGGGAUGGAGUUGCAUUCUUGAAGGAAGCUCCAGAAGGAACUUAUGAUGCAGUUAUAGUUGAUUCAUCUGACCCUAUUGGUCCUGCUCAAGAGCUUUUUGAGAAGCCCUUUUUCGAGUUGGUUGCAAAGGCUCUUCGGCCAGGAGGAGUUGUAAGUACUCAGGCAGAAAGUAUAUGGCUUCAUAUGGACAUAAUUGAGGGCAUUGUCACCAAUUGUAGCCAGACUUUCAAAGGCUCCGUCAACUAUGCUUGGACCACAGUUCCUACAUACCCAAGCGGAAUAAUUGGUUUUAUGCUUUGCUCAACUGAGGGACCACCUGUGGAUUUCAAGCAUCCAGUGAAUCCCAUAGAUGAAAAAGAGUUUCAGAAGUCAGUAAGACCAAUGAAAUUUUACAACUCUGAGAUUCAUACAGCAUCUUUCUGUUUGCCAUCUUUUGCUAGGAGGAAGCUUGUUUCCAAAGCAAAAUGAGAAGAUAAAUACUACAAGUUCGGCGUUCAACUUUACUAGAUAGAAUAAACUCGACAUUGAAGAGUUAUAUUAUUUAUGGAAAUUGGUUAUUAAUUAUAUGAUAACUAGUUGAUGGAUUCAACUAUCAGUUACUUUUCCACAUAAAAUAUUUUAGUUUCUUGUUUGACGUAUGUUU